GCGCGGGCGGAGCAGGCGGGUGGUGGCGGCGGCGGCGAGCACGAGAGGCGCUUCUUCUGCGGCGCCCAUGGGGACAGGACGACUUUAAAGGAGUUUGGGGGGGUUCUGGCGCUGGGCGACCACGGAUCCGGCGAUUUCUGCCCUCGCCUCGCCCUGUCAUUGAUGGGAAAUCAACUGGAUCGCAUCACCCACCUGAAUUACAGCGAGCUGCCGACCGGGGACCCCUCGGGGAUCGAGAAGGACGAGCUGCGCGUCGGGGUGGCUUACUUCUUUUCGGAUGAGGAGGAGGACCUGGACGAGCGAGGCCAGCCAGACAAGUACGGCGUGAAGGGCUCCGGCAGCCCUGGGCAGGAGACGCCCACCCACCACCUCCACCACCAGCUGGUGCUGAACGAGACUCAGUUCUCCGCUUUCCGCGGCCAGGAAUGCAUCUUCUCCAAGGUCAGCAGCGGCCCCCAGGCUGGGGACCUCAGCGUCUACUCGGUGUCAGCCCUGCCAGCCCUCUGCAAGCCGGGGGACCUGCUGGAGCUGCUCUACCUGGGGCCGUCGGAGCACCCGCCGCCGCACUGGGCCGUGUACGUGGGCGGCGGGCAGAUCAUCCACCUGCACCAGGGGCAGAUCCGCCAGGACAGCUUGUACGAGGCGGCCGCGGGCAACGUGGGCCGGGUGGUGAAUAGCUGGUACCGCUUCCGCCCGCUGGUGGCGGAGCUGGUGGUGCAGAACGCCUGCGGGCACCUGGGCUUAAAAAGCGACGAGAUCUGCUGGACUAACUCCGAGAGCUUCGCCGCCUGGUGCCGCUUCGGGAAACGGGAGUUCAAAGCCGGGGGGGAGCUGCAGGCGGCUGCUGGCACCCAGCACCAGCAGCAGUACUAUCUCAAAAUCCACUUGGCAGAGAACAAGGUGCAUACGGUGAGGUUCCACAGCCUGGAGGAUCUAAUACGCGAGAAGCGCAGGAUCGAUGCCAGUGGCAAACUGAGGGUGAUCAAGGACCUGGAUAUAGUGGAUGGGAAAGAAUAGGGAGGAGCAGGAGUACGUGGCUAUCUUCCUUCUGCCCUGCCCGGGGAGACCAGCCUGCUGUAGAGCCAAGAGGCUGCACCCUCCUUCUGUGGGACCCGACUGGAAGCAGGAUCCAUGGCAACAUUCCAAAAAAAACCAGCAUUCUUUACACUCAUAGCCAGUAUUUUGUUUGGCUUUUAAUAGCAUUAAUGCUGAAAGAGCAAGAGAAAGAAAAGGGGGGAGGUGCAGGAAGGCUGUUCUCAGAGUAUGUGGACGAAGUCUCUCCUGUCAAUCGAUGUUGACCAUUCCUGCAACAUGCCAAUAAAAUUUCAAAUUGAAAUUUCUUUUUAAAUUUUUAUUUCAUGGCUUUAAUCCAUGAUAAGUUUUAAGCAUCUGGGACUGUGGAUGUGGCUAAAUGACAUUUUAGCUAAUAUUUGCCUUGUGGCCAACCAAAAGCAUCAGUCAUACUUUGCUAACUGGGAGAGAAAGGGGGAGUUGGGGUGGAGGGUAAAUGCCUGUUUGUUUGUUUUGUUUGUCCACACUGCUGCUUCAGUCUAUAGCUGCAACCCAAAUUUUGUCCCAACCAACUCUGGCAAGCUAUUUACUAGGAAAAAAUAAUUUCACAUUUCUGCUUGAAGUCUAUCACAUUUAAAAUAUUUGCUUUC